AUGCGACUCCUCAACGUCCAUACAGUCAAGUUUGAAGUCUUUCACAGCGAACGGCCGAGAUAUGUCACGGCAUCGCACAGAUGGAGGGCAGGGGAGGAGGCCAUGCUUGGCCAUAUCCUGAACCAAGAGAAGACAGACACUAGCGGCUACAAGAAGAUCGAAGGCUUUGCGCGCUAUGUCCGAGAGCAUGUGAAGGGUGUGGACUGGCUGUGGGUGGACACUUGUUGCGUAAACCAAGACAGUAAUGUGGAAGUUACCGAAGCCGUCAAUUCCAUGUUCCAGUGGUAUGCUGAUGCAGAACUGUGCCUGGCAUAUCUGGCCGAUGUUCAGGACCCUGGAAAUCUGGAUGAAUUUGUUAAGAGUGUGUGGUUUGACCGUGGCUGGACACUCCAAGAACUGUUGGCGCCGCGCACUGUGCUCUUUGUGUCUAGUGAUUGGCGUGUUAUCGGUCACAAGGGUGAUGGCGCGAGCAGUGAAGAGCACAUCACUCAGGAGCUGGGGCCAUGUUUGAUAUCACGCAUCGCGAGCAGGACACGAAUCUCGGAAGAUGUGCUAAAAGAUUAUAGCCAGAGUAAAGCUCUCACAACAGAAGAAAAGCUUGCCUGGGCCACGAAUCGGCAGACGACCCGGCUUGAGGACAUGUACUAUAGCCUGCUCGGGAUCUUCGACGUGCGAAUGCGACUCGACUAUGGUGAGGGAAGGGUCUCUGCUCGAGAGAGAUUGCUGAAGCAUAUUUCCAAGAAAUCUCGACCGCCAGAAGACCUGAGGGAAGUCAUCCGCUGGCUCGCGCCGCCAAAUCCAUGGUCCAACCACACCUCUGCCAGGGACAGAUACGAGAGCGGCACAGGCGAAUGGCUGCUGCAAAGUCAGGAGUAUUGCGAUUGGAAGCAGGGUGAGACAAGACAUCUGGGACUGUAUGGAAAAGCCGGCUGCGGGAAGACAGUACUCUUCUCCACGGUCGUCGAAGACAUACGAGAGCAUUGCCGUGCAAGGACUGAGAUGGCUUACGCAGUGUUCUACUUCACAUUCUCUGACCGUGGAAAACAGACAUAUGACAAUCUAUUGUUGUCGCUAGUCGCUCAAUUGGCUGACUGUGACGCUGUGAUUGCUCAACUGUCUGACGCCUCCAGACGUGGUGCGCCAAGACGAGAAGACCUUGAAACGGCACUGGUGUCUGCUUUGAACACAUACUCGGAGGCGUACCUGCUCUUCGACGCCCUGGACGAAGUCCCAGAGGAAGAGGGUGUUCGCCAGCUUGUGCUUGACAAAUUGCUGUGGCUGUCGCGCAAAGCGCCGUCCUGCAAGAUCUUGGCCACGAGCCGAGAGUCGCAGCAUAUCAAGCUGUCUGCUGAAGCUUUGGGUGCGGUGUGUAUUACUCUGGAUCCCAACGCCGUCAAUAGCGAUAUACAUUUGUACGUGUCAAGCCUACUACGGUCUCAUUCAAGACUCUCUCGGCUCCCAAAAUCAUCUCAGGCGAUGAUCGAGCAGAAAAUGAGAGAGGGAUCUGAUGCCACGUUUCGAUGGGCAUAUUGCCAGAUGCAAAGCAUAACGAAUCUGAAAUCAACCAGACAAAGUCAUCUAGAAAGGGUUUUGAAAGAUCUGCCUAACACUCUCGAUGAGACAUACAUUCGAAUGCUGGAGGCGAUCGAUGGAGAGCUCCGUGAGGAUGCCCUGGCUCUGCUGCAAUGGAUUGCCUACUCGGAGAGGCCAAUGACCUUGGUGGAGCUCAUAGAGGCAACCAUCGUCGACCAGUCUGGACAGGGUGCUGUGAAGGUUGUGGAUCGUGGCGGUAUUGACGAUGUAGUCGAUUUGCUGCAGGGUCUGGUCACAAUCAUAUAUCGCAACGACCCAUACGCUUUCCCCGCCUCACACAUCGAAUCUACGCAGCCCGAGGAACAGACACAUCGGAAGCCACAGCCGUAUGACGAGCUCAGAUUUGCCCAUUUCUCAGUCAAGGAGUUUCUGGAGUCGAGUCGUGUACUCGUGAUCGGGGGCGGGUUAAGUGAGUUCCAUCUUGAGAGUGCCAGAGGCCAUAGAUUUCUCGCGCAGAGUUGCUUGACCUAUCUGAUAUGGUACACUUCUGAACAAAGCAUGGUUCAUCAUGCUUCGUGCGAAGAAUUCGACAUGGGAAUGUCGUACAACAACCUGCCAUUACUGCGCUACAGUGCGGAUACCUGGGCUUAUCAUUCAUAUCGGCAAUCGAUUGGUAGCCUCGAGCGCGAGCUUCAUCUGCUGACCGAUCAGACUUCUAUGACAUUGUGGCGCAAAGCUCGUUCUCUAGAUGUCCCAACAUACCAUCAGUCCAGUCUGUCCGGGUUAUACUACGCAAGCUACUUUGGACUGUUGGAAGUCGCUAGUGCUCUGAUCCGACGAGGCGAGGAUGUCGAUGGCGCUGGUGGGCAUCUUGGGCGCCCUUUACAAGCUGCGUCAUUCGGAGGACACGGACGUAUUGUACAGCUUUUGCUUGGAGCAGGCGCGGAUGUGAACGCCGAAGGCCAUGUCUGGGGCACCGCGUUGGUGGCAGCUUCACUGGGCGGUCGAGAGGACAUAGUGCAGAUUCUUCUACAACAGGGCGCAGAUGUAAAUGCGCAAGGAGCGGGGAUGGGGAAUGCACUACGAGCGGCUACGGGAAGUGGUUCUUUACCGAUAAUAUUACGUCUGCUUGACGCAGGAGCAGACGUGGGGGCCCAUAGUCGACGACUAGGAUCUGCGCUUGACGCCGCUUCGCAGGGGGGCCACCUUGAAGCUAUGCGAUUGCUUCUGGCUCGUGGAGCUAAUGUAUCGCUGGAAGAUGAGUACGGACGCACAGCAAUCCACCGAGCUGUACGUCAUGGUCGUACUGCGGCAUUCUCGGUGCUCAUUCAUUUUGGCGGCGUGUCAAAAAAGCACGAUGCCUACGGACGCAAUACUUUAGCCUGGAAGUCCAUCGGAGCACAAGAAAGUUUGAUGGAAGAGCUUGCAUGGCCGGUUGACGAUGGACUACCAGACGUUGGUGUACUCCUUCGCCAGGACAAACUUGGCUGUUCUUCCCUGCAUCAUUUCGCCAUGGUCUGGAGAGAGAAAGGGCUUCACGGUGUGAACAUGAUACUGAGAGCUGGUGUGUCUCCUGACUUAGCAGACUCGCAAGGAUGGACGGCCUUGCAUUGGGCAGCGCUCGCAGGUAAUACGGAGGUGAUGAGAGCACUGAUCGAGGCUGGAGCCAAGUCAGACUUGCCGGACAACCGUGGCUGGACAGCAGACGUACUGGCGCGCAUCAGCGGUCAUGAAUAUGCUCUCAAAGCGCUGCAUCCAUUCAUCAAAGACGGAGGAAGCGCUUCUAGUCAAUCACACGCUCUAUGGCUAGGUAGAUUGUGUGAUUGUUGUGAUCUGGUAAGUCCUCGUAUGGUGCAGAAAGAUGAUUUUCAGCUGACGUCGUUGGAGAAUCGUUGCGGCUAUGCCUACCACUGCAUGACAUGUGAAGACUACAACCUAUGUUUUCGCUGCCACUGGGACGUGGACAAUUUUCAUCCACAGCACGACUUUGAGCAACUUGUCAGGAUUUGCAUAUGCAGUCCAACAGAGACCGAGGAGGACUGCGAUGCAAUGGGCGAAUGCUACCAUUCGGUGGUCAUCAACGCACCGGGAAAGCAUGAUCCAGAAUUUGGCUUCGUAGAACGCAAGAAAAGGCCACGAAACCGCGAUCCAGGACUCGUCUUCGUAGAACGCAGAAAAAGGCUACGUAGCGAGGACGACUGA